ACAGCCAAGCUAGAUCAUUGCUGUGGGUCCAACUUCUAUCUCUGUAGUGAAGCUAACUACCUGCCUUAUAAACAAUGACUUGGCAGAUUUGCUUGUUUGUCUUUCUGGCUAUUAGUUGUUCUGAUGGACAAAUCUUCACGGAAUCAGUUUUUGAACAGAUAAAAGAAGAUAUCAUCAGGCUGGAGCAAGACUAUAAUGCAAGUGAAUCUAAUGUCGCUGAGGGUAAACCUAUUUUCACAAAUAAACUGCAUGACCUUCUGUGGUCAGAGGGCAAAGAAAAAAAGAUCUUACUUGCACAAAUAAUUUCCAUGUACUGGAAGAUGCUGAAAAAUUCGACCAGUAUUGGAACUCGUAAACACAUCAGGAACCUAGUAAAUGCCCUGGAAUUCUACAAAACAAAAUACAAUGAGAGUCUGAGGAAAGCAACUGAUAUAAUUGAGUUGUCAGAGCUUUCGAUGACUGAUUUAAAACUUCAGCGCAAGGCAGUAGUUGAACUGUACCCAGUUUUACAGGAAGUGAACAAAGAAGAGGUCCAGAGAAAGAGGAGAAGCAAGAAACCCAAUUCUCAACGCCUGCAGCGACUCCGACCAUUUCACAGAGGCUAGCUAUUUUUUCUACUGAUAGCUGCUUUUAAUAUAUCUUAUUUAUUGAUAUUUAUCAAUUGAUUUAAAAUAACUAUUUAUAAGAGCUGAUCUGGUAGAAACACCAAAUAAUUUUAAAUAUUUAUCAUUCAUAAUGUUAUCUAAAAUUAAUAUUAUUAAUUACUAUUUAACUUGUAAUGUUUGUCAGAUGGAUUAUCUGGGACUUGUUCAGGUUUUACUUGAUAUUUUUAUGGACUGCAUAUAAAAUGUUUAAUUAAAUGAAUUGCUCUACUA